GCAGCAGGAAUAGCCAGUCGUGCGGGAAUCUCGUCGGGAGGCGGAUGCGAGCGACUCUGGCGCGAGUUCGCGGAGCGUGCUGAUAUGGUAGUUCUGGCCCUUAAUUAAACCCCACAUUUUUCCGCAGGAGAGCCCGCAGGGGGUUAAGGAGAUGUGAUAUUGGUGGUUGCAGUGUCCGGGAUUUAGAGCGCGAUGUGACGAGUCCUCGGCUUGAAUGCAAAUUUUUCUGGUAAUUUGGGGGCUGAUCUGAGUGCGUCGGUACGGUUUGGGGUGGUUUGGACGAUUAUCGAGGUGUGAGGCGGGGUUGUUGUGGCUAGUGUAUAUUUAGUUGCUUCGCACCUUCACAUACUUUGUAUUUAUAGCUCGGGCUGUUCGCGUGGAGUAAUUAAAUGGAAUGACAGUGAGGUGUUGAAUGUACUUGGCCUGAUGGUAUCAAGAAGAUGCUGUGGUUCGUUCUUAUGGCUGGCGGUUGUUGCAAUAAACUCGGUUUGCUGCCCUUCAUCUCACGCCAAGGCCUCAGGAACAGGUGACAGGCGAGCCAGGGAGCUAACUGCCACGGAGAUGCCGCAGUUGGAUGACCCGGUCGUGCCCGAUAUUCCCAAAACCGAUCCCUGUUAUCGUUUCAUAUACGGGAACAUGGAGAAACACGAGUUUUAUAGUCCCGGAUUUGAAGAUAAACCCACUUACACGAACAACACCAAUUGUGUCCGAAUCCUGCAAGCUCCCGCUAACAAAAUCAUCCGCCUUGAUUUCCGAGACUACUUCGAGAUCGAGGAGAGCUCCAACUGCGACAACGACUUCCUCGAGGUCAGGGACGGCAUGCACGGUUACAACACUCUCCUCGAGAAGAAGUUCUGCGGGAUAAACGAGUUUCCUCCGAUUAUUCAAUCUUCGGAUAGGUACUUGUGGAUCCACUUCAAGUCGGACGAAAAUAUCGAGUACCGGGGCUUCCGGGCGGUGUUCGAGUACGUCGACAGGCCGCCGGGGUUUCCUAGCCCCGAUAAGCCGCUAUGCCAAGUGAAGAAGGAGAACGCCGAAGAGGGCAAAAUCAGCAAAAGCGACGACAUUCCCGAGGAGGUGAGGAACUUCACGGAGCGGUACAGGGUGGCCACGGACUGCGUGUGGGCGAUCACGGUCAAGCCCAACCAGAAGAUUCAGCUGCAGUUCGAGAAAUUUGAGCUGGACAAGCCCAACGAGUGCGACAACAACUUCGUGCAGGUUUUUAUGAACAAUACGGACAUGCCUAACAUGGAGAAGAAGUUCUGCGGCUCGAUGGCUGAUACGGUGCUGUCCAAGAAGAACGUGAUGUUUGUUCGGUUCUUCGCUGUUUACAACUCGACCAACAAGACGCACUUCGAGGCGAAUUAUACGGCGUACAGGGAUAUCGACAAACAAUCAUCCGACAGCGGCAAAGACUCCUGCACCGACGACGAAUUCAGCUGCGAAGAUGCCACCUGCAUAUCGAAGAAGUUGCGCUGCAACGGCGUCUACAACUGCCGGUUCCGAUGGGACGAAGACAACUGCCAGAGUGCUCAAACACUGUCGCUCAACGACGACCACAUCAUCGUCAUCAUGGUUAUUUUUUCUUUAAUUUUGGCAGGGAUGUGUUUCACGUUCAUUUUUAACUGUAUCAAGAAGUUAAUCAGGGACCACCAAACAAUACAGGAGUACAUCCGGCAGAGCAGGGAGCAGCAGCUCAACGAGCUGGACAAACAAGAACCAGCUGACAAGAAGCUGUCGAAAUCGGCUUCCAGGUCGCGUUCCAACAGCUCGCCCUCGAUGAACUCGGGCCACUUCGACGUGGCGAACGCCGCCACCACCCCCUGCUACGUGCCGGGCGGCGAGCUGCUGCCGAUCCUGAUCCGGAACGAGCGCAGCAUGAGUCCUCCGAACGGGGAUGCCUACCAUACCAACAUCUACACGGUGGACAACGAGCCCAUGCCCGAGAUGUGCGACAGCGCCUGCCAGACCCGGGAGAGCCUCUUCACCGCCGCCGGCUACAGCUCCGGCAACAGCACGCCCAACCACAGCGUGCACACCAACUCGCCGCCGGCGCCCUUCAGCACCUUCGGCUACAAGAAGGACGCCAAGUUUAAAGCCGAGGCGAAGAUCGAGGUGGCCUCGAGCAAGAAGUCCAGCAAGUUCGAGGACAAGCGCCGCCCCUACAGCGUCCAGACGACCAAAUCGGCGCCCGACGUCAUCGUCACGCACUGACAGUUGUUGAACGCCGAGUGGGAGCCGUACAAGCGACGCCACCCCCGGCACUUCCUCCGCACGACCGACAAACUCCUCCAAGGGGAGCGCAGCGUCGAGACGCAGACUUGCGACGCGGAUUUCGACGAUACGUGAUAUCGCGCCAAAGGACACUUGUUUUUCACGGUUUUAUCGCGGAUUUCUUUCGGGUGAUACGUGAGGGGUGCGCGAGUGAAGUGAGUCGGCUCCGAGGGGUCUGCGGGGGUGUUAUUUUCUUGUUGAGGGAGAGUGCUCUGCAAACUGGGUACAGUCCCGUUUGCAGAACACUCCGUAUUGUAUAUUUUGUUAAUAAACUAAUCAAGUAAGUAAAACCUUCCAAACAAUGAGUUGCACCUACCUGCCUUGCUGUUGAACUUUAAAUAAGUUGACUUUACCGAUUUCGAGGGAUUUUACUGACCUAGUUAGAAUAAUAAAUUGAAAAUGUCUUUUAAACUCUAGAUAAUUUUAUUACAAGAUUUGUAAAAAAAGAAAAACGGGAAAUUGGAACUCGGCGUCACAGCCACAUUGUAUUUCAAGUAAGAUCUGUAAAUAUAUCACAACAAUAAAUUAUCACAAGAAA